AUGUCCGACGACGACGAGUAUUAUGAAUGGGAUGAAGACUAUCUCCUUGAGGACCUAGUUCCAGACCUUGUCGACGAACUCGCCCAAACCUCAUAUUACGAAGCGGCGCUAUACGAAGACCCUUCCUUCGAGGUGGAGGAUUACUUCAGUGAUUGGGAAUACUACUCAGACGAUUACCAUGACGACGACCCAACCGUGAAAACGACCGCGCCACCCGCGCAGAAAAAGGCUCGCCGAGCGCAGGCGCAGGCAAAGGCCACCACCACCAACCGCGUCGCCGGAUCGAAAUUUCCUGCCAUCCCGGAUAUAUCCUCCUUCCAGGGCGUGAUUUGGAAAACACCGAGUCUCGAUCCUUACCAGGAUGUCGCGGUCUUCUACGAGCCGAUUGGGAAUAAGGUGGCUCUCUUGAAGGACUGGCGUGAGGUUUUCAAGUCUGCGCAGCCGGCGCUUGACAAGUCGCGGCUGCGAAAGAGGAAAGCCAGGGAUCAGGAGACGGACGCGGAGGGGGAGGACGCGGAGGCCGACCUUGAAAUGUCCUUUGCCGAUGACGAAUUUCCCUGCGAUGGUGAUGACGAAAAACUUGGCAAUGACGACCAAGUCGACAGCUCGAUGUCCGAUAUCGUUUCUAUGGACAAUAUGAGCGAGACCGGAGAUGCAGGGGAGGCAUCGAAUACGACCCCGGAAUUCACGCAAUCACCAAAGGAGGUGCCGGCAGUCGCGCCAACAUCGACGCCUGCUAAACGGGGUCGUAAGCGCAAGGCGGAGGUUCCGGCCGAGGAGGCGAACAAGGAUAACCCGGGCACUGAAUCGCCCCGGACUACUCGGUCGAAACGAGUUGCGUCCAAGAAGGCUGAUGGCGAGGGUAGUUUAUCCGGUGCUUCGACUGCUCCCACGCGCAGGUCCACACGGCAGAAGAAGUAA